AUGAGCGAAAUGGCCGGUCUACCCUCCAUGGCGAUGAGCCAGACCAAAGAAGAUCUUCUUAAACGAUUGGACCUCAGGCCCGAAACCUACGCAUUGAUGGCGAAGGAGACUGAUGUCGUCUACGACUGGCUCGUCUCCGACAAGUCUCAUAUGAAGCCGAAUGGCAAGAAGAAAGCUCCAUAUGAUUGGUCUGACAUCCAAGAGAGAGCCAAGGACGAUGCCAUUGAGAUGAUAGCCCAACGAGGUGACCAAUAUACAGCUUACUAUUGGAACCUCGGAGAAUCUUGGGGGAAUAGCCCUAAUUGGGUUGCAAAGUGGUUUUUGUACCACAAGUUUCGUUAUCGUGAUGGAAGGAACAGAGCUCAGAAAAGUGGUCAGAAGAACCAUGACAAACACGGAAGUAGUUCAAAGCAUAAACAUGCAUCAAAAGAACAACAAGACGAAUACAAUUAUGGUUAUCAAGAGUCAGGAGACAUGGGUUCUAGCAGCCAAGCAUAUCCUCCCCCUGGCACAACUUACGAAGGUGACGGAUAUGAAUAUGAACCCUCGGACAACGUCAACCAGUCGGGGACAUACUACGAUCCGGUUAGAGAUGUUUGA